GUUAUGUGGAUCUUUAGCUGCUACGCGAGGGAGCCUACGACGCAACUGACACUUCGCCAGUUGGAAACUGCAUUUCCACUACUUACUUCGGUGGAUGUACAAGACCGUCGCCGUGUUGUGAGUGGGGCUUUGACCCGUUUUGCAGGAGGGUUGCUCUCAUUUUACGACGACCGCGUUAUUGCAUUGAAACAUGUCCCCGUCCAUGCAUUCUCUUUGCUCUCUUUGGAGGAGUUUAGAAUGGUGACAUCAAUGGAGCAGGCAUCUGUUGUUUUUCUGUUCAAGUGUCAAAUGCGACAUGAAGAGGUUUUAGAGGCGUUGCAGACCGUGUUAGAUGCCUGGGGAAAACGUGGUGCUGCGUUAGCAUCAUCAUUUAUGCGAUUGGCUGUUGCGGUGAUUCUUUCACAUGCAAUUGGUACAUGUGCUUUGUUGCCCCAAGAUCUGAGAGGCUCGGUACGCCCCUUUGUUCUUCGCUACUUGCCAACACUACUGGUCCUUCACGGGGAGGAGCCUAUUCUUGGGAGGCUUGCCGCUUUGCUGCGGCAGCCAAAAACUAAUAAAAGGUCCACCCCGAUUUCAGUACGACGGAGAAUGGAAGAGAUCACACGGGCCGAACCGAUAGUUGUCGAGCCAUCUGCCACGUGUGCGGAGAACGAUGCCCGAUCGGAGAUGGAAGGGGGGUACUUUUUUGAAUCCGUUGCACCUCUUCCGCAGUUGGACUCCGAGGUGGCCUGGAAGAUUGCAAAAUGUACAUGCCGUCACACGAUUGUCUCUUUUCCAAAGAAGCAUGUCUUAAGAAACAACGCGGUUGGUGGCUCGGAUCCGGACUGUCUAUUCUCCGCUCUUUUGUUUUCAUGUGCACGUCUGCACUUGUCGUGGCCGUUGCUUAAGUCUUUUGGUGACGAGGAGUUGUGCUUGAGUUUGAACCUUGGCAAGGCCUCUCACGCAACACCGGACGAAGAAUUGGUGUGGAAAACAGAGAGGAAGAGGAAACGCGGGAGGGGACGGGCGUGA